AUGAAUGUCAUGAAAGUGAUCCUUCUUCAGCAACAGCACCCAAGCAGCAGCAGCAGCAGCGGCGGCGACGCCUCCGCCUCCUCCUCGGCCGACGCCUCCUCGGCCCGCGCCUCCUCCGACAGCGAGAGCCCCGCCGAGGACGAGCAGGCGCCGAGGACGACAGCGCCCCCGCCGCGCGCCCCCGCCGCCGCCCUGGGGCGCCAUCUAGCAGAACGCCAGUGGGCCAUGGAGAGGGCAGCCAUCAUCUGUCGGUGGACGUGGCUGCAGGCUCAGGUUUCUGACCUGGAGUACCGCAUAAGGCAGCAGACGGAUGUUUACAAGCAGCUCCGUGCCAGCAAGGGUCCAGUUGUCUUCGGCGAUCUCCAGCACGAAGAUGUGAUGAAGCAGCCAAAUCGAUUAGGCUCUGCAGCGGUGGUGAACUCCAGAAGGAACAAAGCGCUGUCGCCUCCCUCCAACACGAAGGUGCCUCCUGGAGACAGGCAGUGUGGUUUGCCUCCCCGUAUCCCUUCCUACCUCCUGCAGAACACAGAGAAACUGAAUUCCCGCCUUGCGCAGUCUUUAAGAAACCUUGUGUGUCAAAGUCCCACCUGUACACCCAUCAAUGGGGCUCCCGAGCCCCCAAAAGCCUGCACAUCACCCCAUCAAGUCAACGGAAUAAGUAACUGCUUCAACCCUUACUCCACAAAGUCCUCCACCCAGGAUGGCGCAGACGCUAGCCGGAUUCUCAAGAAACCAAAGCAGCCGAACAGCAGUCUGCCUGCUGCUCCUUCCCCCCUUGACAACAGCUGCGUCGCUGCCAGAAUCCGUCCGGUUUGCAGAUACAGGAAACGCAGGCUGGUGAGAGCCAGCACGGUCUCUCACCUUUCCAGGAAGCCACAGAAGUCUCUUACCCAGAAAUGCAACUGUGAGCACCCCAGUUCUUGCAUCUUGUGCGAUUGUAAGUCCUCCGUUCAGACUAUCGACCCAGCAACAAUGUCAGUGGAGGAGCGGGUCGCCCUGCUGGAUCCUGGCUUCCAUCCCAUCCUCUCGUUUUCUCAUGGCAGACCUCUUCAUAUACACUUUGAAGCCUUGUUAAGGGAGGACCACAGGCUAAGCCAUAAGCUCAAGACUUUGAGGAUGACCCACUGGGGGAUGAAAGACUUCACCAGCAAUGAUUCGUCUUCUCUCUCUCCAUCUGGUUCUCUCCUUAAAGUGCCGGCCAGUCACAGCUUGCUGGUUCCCAGCUCUCAGGCCCACAAGCCUAGUCACUUGCAUCACGUGUCCUCUGUGUGCCUAGAAAAUACUUCUGCCCCGCCCUUCAACUACGUCCCUGGCAAUUCCGUGGCUGCUGGCAGCUCAGCAUUGCAGCCUGCAAAGAAGAAAAAAGUAGAAUCGUCCUACGACAUCAAUAACAUUGUGAUCCCGAUGUCGAUGGCUGCAGCCACGCGAGUCGAAAAGCUGCAGUAUAAAGAGAUUCUGACACCAAGCUGGAGGAUGGUGGAUCCCAAAGAACUGGAGGCUUCAGGAGAAGCAAGCCCAGAGCUGGACGACACUUCCGAUGAGGCCUACCUGACCCAUCAUCAAAUGUUUGAAGAGCUGGAACGGACCCGCUGGGAUUCCUGGGCAGGAACCACGUCCCACAGGCGAGGAAACAGGGUCUCCAACAAAGCAGACGGCCACUGCCUCCCUCAGCCGGGCUCCCUGGACGCACUGUCCCAUCACCUGAACCACCUCUCUCCCACGGGAUCUUUCAGCCCAGAGCUUUUCAGUAUCCUGCAGCCCCUCCUCAUCAAGGGCAGGAGCAGAGGCCUGUCAUUCACCGAAGACACAAGUCUCUCCCUUGCAGAAACGGAGGAUGAUGUCCAGAGGGUCCAGCCAUGGGAACGCCGAGCUUUCCCCCUUUCUGACGGAGAGUAUCGAGCCCUUCAGGAGCCAGCAGGCGAAGCUCUUGGGAAGAAAGCAAGGCCUGCUCAGCAGUGGGACUCUGGCUGCAACCAGGACUUGAGGACUAACGAGAUAAAUUCUGGCCCGUCUCAUCCCACGGAGUCGCUCCAGUCCAUCUGGCAGGUGCAGUCCAACGGCAGCAGGCACGGAGAGGAUUUUGCGGGCCAGCACUGCGUCACGCCGAGCCUUAUCAACAACAGAUGAGCUUGUGGGCCCCACAACUGGUAGAGUUGCACCCGUACUCUAGAGAUCGGUAUUGCAGAGCUUGGCAGGUGAGCUGACCGAGCAGUGGCACGGCGGCAGAAAGCCACCACCGCACACCCAGCGGAGGGUCCAGCUGUGAACUUGGAGCUCUGGCUCCCCCCCUCCCAGAUGAGUGAGGGCAGACAGGCAAGAAGAGGCCAGGCGCAAGAGAGCCUCUGUGGUGGGGGAAGAGGGAGCCACCCAGGAGGGCUGAUAUGUGCAGGCUUGUUCUGGAAGGAAGAACUCCAGUGCCUUACCGGCAAGAAGGUUAGGUGGUGGUGGUGGUGCUGCUGCUACAGGUGCCAGCAGCCCCAGGAAACCCCCCAAAAGGGAGCGGCAAAGAGGCUGAGCGACUCCACAGAGAAUGGAGGCUGAGCAGGAGGGGAAGGCGAGGAAGCCGUUGCCGUUUAGAAGUCCCGUCGGCUGAACGUCUCGUCCUCACAGGCUUUUAUGCCAGUUUGGGAAUAGGCAUUGGGAACUGGUGGUGAAAACUUGUUCGCAUCGACAACAGGCUUCCGCGCACAAUGCCACGGAAGGCAAGGAGAGACUUAGCCAAGGGGCACUUGCUGUGCAUGAGCACUGAAUAUAUGCCUGCAGGGGAAGGUGGAUGUUUCCCCUCCUAGUUUCACCUGGUUUUUAGUUUUGAAAUGUAGUCUGAAAAUCACCAACCUUCUAA